UUCCUGUUGGCGGGGUUUUGCGAGGGUGUGGUUCAGAAGCAUGAGUAAAAGGGAGACAAAGGAGGAAGAAGAAGAAUCCCUCGCUUGGCUGCCUCAUUUUCAUGGAGUGUCCCAUGUGCCCCAUCAGUACAAGACGAGAGCUUAGUGGAAAGUCCACCGAGUGUUACUGCAAAUGAAGAAUCAGAGGAAGCUGCUUCUGGAGUGGAACUGGACUGCGAUGCAACUGCUUCCGAUUCAUUAGAACUUCUCUCAGAGCAGUUGGAGAGCGAUGAAUGUGUUGAUGUGGACAAUCCAGCUCAAACUCCAGAAGUUACAAACUCAGGUGCAAGGGCUCAAGUUUUAUCCAUGAAAACCCCACGAGUCCCAACUGAAAAUUUGGUUAUUCAUCCUAUCCGAUGUGCAGCAGUUAGCAAUUGCGUAUUGAAGAUGCUCUUGAAAUGCCACCCAAAUGUUCAGAGCUCCACAAAGACACUGGCUGCCUUCAUAGUAGAGAAAGUGAUAGAAGACUGCAGUGACAACGCUGGUGAAAAGUACGAAGUUGUUGCCAUAGGAACAGGAGAGACUUGUUACAGCGGUUGGAUAUGUUUCGAUGGCCGUUUACUCCAUGACUGUCAUGCUGUAGUGGUCGCCAGAAGAGCAUUGCAAAGAACUCAGCCAACUUUCUGGAGGUGCUCUUCAUCAUUCUUGUUAGUCACAAUGUUAGUCAUUGUGUUCCUGGGAUAUCUUGGAUCAGUAGGUCGCUUGCUCUUUGCCAAACUGCUGGAGCUGGUGCAGCACCAAAGAUAUUUGUAUAAGCAGCUCCUUCUGUUCUGCAGCAGUGAUCCUGUGGGGUUAGAAAAGUGCAUCUUCUGCAAGUCUUCGGAAAAUGAUUUCCUCUCUCUUAGGCAGAAUAUAUUUUUCCACCUCUAUCUCAGCAAUGCCCCAAAGGGGGCAGCUCAAAGCAUCUUUAUGGACACUGUUCCGUACCGAAAUCCCAAGAUGACACUUCACAUACAUUCAAAAGGUUGUCUCAUACCAGCGGUAAGCUGCCCCCCGAGUGUGACUGCAACCCACGUCUGCUGCAUGUCUGCCAGCGACAAGCUGAGCAGAUGGAUGGUGCUUGGAGUCCAAGGAGCCCUCCUCAGCCACUUCAUCAACCCUCUGUAUAUCACCAGCAUUGUUCUUUCUGACCAGUUACAUGCAUUGCAUGCCAUCAGAAAAGCAGUCAAUCAACGUGUGGACGAGUCUUUGAACGAGAAACUCCCUGCCCCAUUCGCAGCUCAGCAGGUACAUUUCUUCCACUGUAUUGAGGAAGGAGCAGAGGAAGUUAACCCACUUCACAAAGAGCUGAGCAUUAACUGGUGUCAGGGGGAUAAGACUGUGGAAAUAGUGGACGGAGCAACAGGAAAAAUCACAGAAUAUUCCCCCUUUAAGAAUGGAAUCAACACUGCCAGUCGUUUAUGCAAGGCUGCCAUGUUCUGUUCCUUUCAACAUUUAGCAAGAGAAAUGGAGAGAUUGGAGCUCCUGAAAUGGUCAACAUAUCACGAAGCCAAGAUGAGAGCGAAAAGAUACCAACAAGCCAAGGACAUCAUGAAAUAUCACUUCCGAUUCACUGGAGCAGGUCCAUGGCCACAGAAACACUUCGUUGACAACUUCAGCAAAUAGAGUUCAUUCGGAUAUAAAAUAACUUCUUUUUUGUUUUUUGUUUAAAGAUCAUUCUGAAGUUAAAAGCUGGAAAUAAUCUCCAGUCAACAGGCCAGGCAGCAUGUAUUUCCAGCAAAAAUGUUAUUUAAAAUUUCACGUGAUUCUCAAGUUUUUUGUUUGGAUCAUGCUCUACUCUUUUUGUGAAAUGAGUGAGAAUUAUCUUUUAAAUAACUAGCCAUUUGGUUUUUGUUUCAGUUAUGAUAUUAAAAUACCA